GCGCUCACUUACCGGUACAACUUCGCCGCGAUCGAGCUUGGAGGGAUGUGGGUGCUGGAAGUCGAGUCCGAGUCCAUGUCCCUGCACUUGGUUCAAGGAGAAUGGAGCCUUGGUCGCAGCGGAAACGUCUUCAACUUUCCCAAGGACAAGUCCAUAUCGCGCAACCAUGCAGAGUUCCUCGUCGGCGGCAUUUUGGAUCUGGAAAACGUCGCGGAGCUGCCAUCGUUUGUCCUUGUCGACAAGAAAUCCCGCUUCGGAACGUACCUCAACGACGUGCAGAUCAGUCCCAACACACCCAUGCCCCUUCGUGCGGGGGACAAAGUCUCGUUUGGCGCGAAAACAACCAUCCUUCGUGUGCGGUACUUCAAGAUGGUUGCGAGGACGUCGCGCAUCCAAAAGAUGAACCGCAAGAUGCUCUUGGAUGGAUGCAAAGCCAUCGGGAUGCACGUCGUGACUGCGGCUGUCGACGACGUCAACUACUGUAUCACGGACCCGGGCAAGUUUGUUGCAACGGAAAAGGUGUUGUGGGCAAUGGCACACAACCACCCUAUUGUCGCGUCUGAGUGGGUUCAAGCGAUCUUGCGGCGCAAGUCCAUGGCCGAAGAAUUGCCGCCUUGCGACAAGUUCCUUCCCCAGCACGACGCGUCAUCGUCGUCCUCCACCGAGGAAAGACACCAGCCGUCUUAUGCAUCCGACCCGCGCCGUUUCUCGCUCUUUAGCAACUACCUCGUGGUGUUCCUGACAUCGUCGUCCAUGGAAGCGCUUGUACCUGUCAUGGGGGGCCAAGUGUACGCCGCGUAUAACGCUCCCGACAACGACGAACAGCUGGUCGAGCACCUUGGCAAAUCCAUCAAGGACCACGUGUUGAUUGUGUAUCCCAUCGGGACGUCGGGCGGCGAUGGCGGCGCGUCGGAGAAGCAGCAGCUGCCUCCGUCCGUCCCACAGACCAAGCAAACGUCGUCCUCGUUGCAGUCACGGCCGUCGGUGGUCGGGCACCCGUCGGAAUGGAACAAUCCCGCGCUACUUCGGCGCGUCCAACGUCUCCACGCCGCGCACUUGGCCUACAUCCUCCAUCAAGAACUGGCGGCCAGCAUCAUCUUUACCAAACCCCCCACGACCAUGACCGAUGAAACCGUGUCGCAGAUGUUGCUACAGCAUGCCUCUUCCGAACGAUUUGAGGCCGACGACGACACGAAUCAGUCGGUGGACGAGACGCCGCUACGGCUUGGACACGCAUACGUGCCCCAAGCGGUGGAACUGCCGACUGGGGCACCUCUGUCGACCAGCGACGGUACGAUGACGCCCGCUGCAAACACGACAAGAAGCAUGGACCUCCCUGUGGUCGAACGCAGUACAUUUAACCUGGUGAAUGCGACUGCUAGUGACGCUCUGGACCAGCAGCACACUCCACGUCAUGACGACUGGGUGGACGCUACGCUUUGCUCGUCCAAGGUUGGAAGGGAUAGCGUAACGGGCGACUUCAAGCCGGUAUACACUGCCGUGGAGCAAACCCUCCGCCCACUUCGAGUGGAAGGCUCCAGCGACGAGGAACCUCCUGUGCCCCAAGCCCAUCAAAACCCUCAAGCAGCGUUGGUUGGUACAUGUACACUUGGUGUCGGCCAUCCCGUCUUACGGACCAGCUCUCCUGUUGGGUCAGACUGGCGGCGGAAACCGUUCAAGCGCCUAUAUGGCGACCGGCAACCACGUGCUGACCCACCGACCCACGACGAAGCCGAUCCAGCAUGCAUUGGGGCGACGGUGGUGUAUGACACGCUGGUCGUACGCCGGUCAUCGCCCCAUGACGAAGAACGAGAUGGGAUGACCCAUGUCCGGUACCUGCCUCGAUAUGCCGCCGCUGUCCCAUCGCCUCUUCCUUCUUCUGCAUCGACCCAUGCAAAGACGUUCCGAAAGGCGCACGUGGUCACCAUGUCGUCCCGCCGCCGACUCAUCACGCACUUUACCAACGUCGUGCCAGUCAAUUUGGAGCGUCGGCGGGAAAUCGCCAAGGAAGACGACGAGCUCGAAGCCCGCGAACGAAUUGCCGAAGCGCUGUUUGUGUCGGCCAUGCCCUGCCCCAACAAGAUACGAAAGCGCCGGUAGCAUCUCUAUCCUACUAACUACUAACUACUACUACUAACUACUACGAGAUUGCAGCGAUAUACUACUAUUAAUAGUACAAU